GGUGAAGGUAUGACAGCCAGUGAAGAGCCGGCGAAAGAAUCAACAGCACAUGGGCGGACAUAAAGGAACAUCGCAGUAGAAGAACAAUUUCCAAGUCUAUUUCGGUUCCGAAUACGUUGUCCUUGAACUAGAUUUGUGGUCUUGCUCUCUUGCAGCAUCAUCAUGGCUUGGCAACCAUUGGAAUCAAACCCUGAAGUGAUAACGAAGUACAUUAAUCAGGCUGGAGCAGAAGAUGUUCAAGUGACUGAUGUUUAUGGGUUGGAUCCUGAAUUGUUGGCUAUUGUGCCGCAACCUGUCUAUUCUGUCAUUUUGCUGUUUCCUUGUUCUGAAAAUUAUGAGAAGUUCAAAGCUGAAGAAGAAGAAAGACUGAAAGAUAAGGACCAGAAUCUCCCCAGUUCAACAUUCUUCAUGAAACAAAUCACUCCAAAUGCAUGUGGAACCAUUGCCUUGUUGCAUAGCAUUUACAAUUGCAUGGAUCAGAUCAAAUUAAAAGAUGGAAUUCUUAAAGAAUUUUUGGAUAAAGCUGCCUCUCUGAGUCCCUUGGAGCGAGGAGAAGCUUUGGACGGAAUGAGGACUAUCAUCGAUUUGCACAAAGAAAUUGCUGCCGAAGGACAAACAGAGGCCCCUCCAGCAGAAGAAAACAUUAUUCAUCAUUUUGUUGCGUUUGUGCACAAAGAUGGUGCCCUGCUUGAACUUGACGGUAGGAAGUUUGGUCCAAUUAACCAUGGACCCACCACCCCUGGAACUCUCUUGGAGGAUACUGCCAAAAUUUGCAAAACUUUCAUGGCCCGUGAUCCCGAGGAACUUCGCUUCACAGUUGUUGCUUUGUGCAAAGCUGAUUAAGUGCCAAUAUAACAAUAUUUUUCACGCAUUUCAGUUGUGUGGCAAUAUUGUACUGGCCUUAUAUAUUACAGAACCCACAUCUCCUUGUGAUUAGAGACUGAUAUUUUUCUUCUUUUAUUUUUUGCCUCUACCCUGUAUUUCAAAGAUGUACACUUGUCUAUGCAUUGCUUUGUCCAUGUUACCACUUCAAUGUAAGCUUGUGUUUAUUUUGUUUAAAAUUUAUUAAAGUGCUUCGAGCUUAAUUUUAUCAUA